UCCCCGUGACGUUUCGAUCGAACGCUGGUACCAUAAAAAUAACAUUCCAUUGGCCCGUGGGAAUCACAGUCGAUCGAUCUUUGUACGCAAAUUAUCACCGAGUGUUUUGGGACGAAUUUGCGACAAAAAAAACGUUACUAAACAAUGAUCAACGAUCCGGAAUAGGUGAAUCUAGCAUCCAGACGUGUGCACAGGUGUAUCGCUUUGGUGGCGGAGGUUCCGAAUAUCCAUAGCGAAGUGCUCCCAUAAUGGCAUUCCUCUGUCCCGUACGCAUUCGUCGCGGGAAAAAGAAGAAACCGAUCGGAAGCGAUAUCGAUAAGGAUCUAUCGAGCAGUUUAGGGCUGAACCAUGGCAUGGGCCGGAUCACCGGAUCGGCCAGCAUCGAAACGCUCGUACGGGUUGGAAUCGAGAAGGAGCACGGUCUCAGCCCGGACAGCAAGAUGGUUGUGCUGCAUGACUUUACUCCCUGCGUGGACGACGAGUUGGAAGUGAAACGGGGCCAAAUAGUGAACAUAUUAUAUCGCGAAAAUGACUGGGUGUACGUGAUCGGUCAGGACACACGGCAGGAAGGCUUUAUACCGCACUCGUACUGUGCACCGUUCAACACACAGUUAGCCGAUCUCGCGAUCAAGAAGAAGCUACCGCGCGAUAUCGCCACAAUGGGUGCACCGGGCAGCGGAGGUGGAGGUCCAGGAACGACCGGAGUCGGACUGGUGGGUGGUGGUGGUAUAGGGAACGGCGUUGGACUAACGGCUGCCGAUCUAACCGACGGAAUGCCCGACAUCAGCAUGGACGUGCUGGACGACAGCACUGGUCCGGGGCUGCUUACGAACGCGCUGAAGCACUCGCAGGCGAGUCUCAGCUCUGAGCCCGACUUCUUGCCAUUUGCUAAAGAUCCAAGCGGUCGGUACAUUGUACUGUACACGUUUAUCGCUCGCGACGAGAAUGAUGUGUCGGUCGAGCGAGGAGAGUUUGUAACCGUGCUGAACCGUGAGGAUCCCGAAUGGUUUUGGAUCGUGCGAAGCGACGGUCAGGAGGGUUUCAUUCCAUCCGGUUUCGUCUACCCGGCGGAGAACAUACUACAGGGUCAUGCCGGCAAACAGCAGCAGCAACAGCAGCAACAGGGAGGUGGCGGUGUAAAUAGUAUGGGAUCUAUUGGGAACGAUAUGAAUAGCCUGCAGGCGAUGAAUGGUGGAAAUAUGUCCGUGGGUGGUCAACAUCAACAACAGCAGGCUCAGCAUCAGCAGCAGGCGCAGCAACAGCAGCACCAGCAACAACCUGGCAUUGGAUCGGACGAUCUACGGUACCACGGCACGGAGUUAGUAAUGCUCUACGAUUAUAAGGCACAAGCUCCAGAUGAUCUAAGUGUACGAAGAGGUGACUGGAUCUAUGCGGACCUCAACAACCAAACCGUCGACGGAUGGUUAUGGGCUUACGCACCGAAAACCCGCAAAUAUGGUUUCAUUCCCAAAGCAUACGCCCGUCCGCCUGCCAUGACGAGUCUGUAGAAGAGUACAGCGAAUCUCGUUUCAAUUCCCAUAAUGGUUAGUUUUUAAAUUAUUUACUUUAACCACAACAGUAGCAACAGUAUCUAACGUAUUCGUAAGUUAACCUUCGUUCGAAGCGACUCUUUCUUCUUCCAUAUGGAUAUUCAUAGCAACAUGUAUUGGAGAGUAGUGCAAGC